AUGUCACGCACCGCAUCAGUGCGCUGGGCCACAGCCAGCGUUGUCCGGACGCUCCGCAACGAGCUACCCACCACCCGCAUCGCCUCUCGAGCCUUCCAGUCUAAAUCCGCACCAUCACCAUGUCCCCACUCCGCAAGCCCCCAGCCGCUCUCACAGCGCACCCUGCCCCCAGCACCGCGACCGCAGCACCUCCACCUCCGCGACCGCCACUUCUCCUCCACCGCCCGCUCGCAGAAAUACAAGACAGUGGAACAGGCCGAGUCGCGGUAUCGCAGCGGGCCCUUCUCUUGGGCAGCUGGCGUACUCUUCCUGCUUUCCGGCGCAGGCCUGAUAGUCUACUUCAGAUAUGAGAAGGCGCGUAUGGAGCGGAAGCGGAUCGCAGAGGCGACGAAGGGGAUUGGGAAGCCGAAGGUUGGGGGGAGCUUUAAGCUUGUGGAUCAGGAUGGGAGGCCUUUUGCGGAUGAGCGGUUGAGGGGGAAAUAUGCGCUGGUCUACUUCGGCUUCACGCACUGUCCCGACAUCUGCCCCGAAGAGCUCGACAAAAUGGCCAUCAUGAUCGACAAGGUCAAAGAAACAUCCGGCAACGUCAUGCGGCCGAUUUUUAUUACCUGCGACCCAGCGCGCGAUACGCCUGAGGUGCUGAAGCGCUACCUACGCGAGUUUCACCCGGACAUAAUAGGCCUGACCGGGACAUGGGAGGAUAUCAAGAGCGUGUGCAAGGCGUACAGGGUGUACUUCUCCACGCCGGCGGAUGUAAAGCCGGGGCAGGACUAUCUGGUGGAUCACAGCAUUUACUUUUAUCUCAUGGGUAAGCUCCGAACGUCCGGAACACCUGGUGUUAAUCAUCCGAGCUGGCCACCGCCCGGUCCGAUCGUGGAGAGUAAGGGCUCACGUCUUCAUGCAGAUCCAGAAGGCGACUUUGUCGAGGCGAUAGGACGGAACUUCAGUCCCGACCAAGCGGCUCGGGUCAUUAACAACCAUAUCAAGGACUGGCGGGGCACACUGGACAAGAACUAG